GUCAUUGCCCACCGUCAGUAUCAAAAGUCCAAAAGAAUUUCCAUCUUUCUGAGCAUGCAAGAUGAAAUUGAGACAGAAGAGAUCAUCAAGGACAUUUUCCAACAGGGCAAAACCUGCUUCAUCCCUCAGUACCAGUUUCAGAGCAAUCACAUGGACAUGGUGAAGUUGGCAUCACCUGAUGAAAUCUCUUCACUUCCUAAAACAUCCUGGAAUAUUCAUCAGCCUGGUGAGGAUGAUGUUCGUGAGGAGGCUUUGUCGACAGGGGGACUUGAUCUUAUCUUCAUGCCAGGCCUGGGAUUUGACAAUCAUGGGAACCGGCUAGGCCGGGGCAGGGGUUAUUAUGACGCCUACCUACAGCGCUGCCUGCGGCUACAGGGCACGAAGCCCUACACCAUCGCCCUGGCCUUCAAGGAGCAGCUCUGCCACCAGGUACCAGUGGGCGAGCAUGACAUGAGGGUGGACGAAGUCCUCUGUGAAGACCCCACAGCACCUUGAGUCCAGAUGACCAUGCCAAGUAAUCGGAGAUCAGGGGAAGGAGGAAAGGCAGCAGAUUGGAGAAGCCACGAGGGAAGAACUGUACCUCCUGCUUGAUUGACAGAUAUCAGAAAUACAGAGGAGAAAGCCGAGGAAUCUGAUGCUGACUAGGCUGCCCUGACAACCUGUGCUGCAGAAGGGACACAGGAACUCCCUGGGACUCUGUUCUGCACUCACCAUCUGGCUGCUGUUUUGAGCAAGAUCAAGUCAAGAGUGAUUGACUUUCGACCAUCCAUCUACCUGGGGCCCAGAGACCAGCCUGUGUCAGAAGCUUCUUUGGAGCUGGGGAACUCCUUAGCCACUACUUGAUGGAACCCUUGUUUUUUGUUCCUAUUGGUGCAGAGAGAAGCCCUGCUCAGUCCCCUGCUACCCUAUCCAUAGAAUGAUGUGGCAGAUGAUUGGCAUAAAGCCCAAGUGCUCCCCUCUGUUGGCCCACAAGAGGGUGGGUGCCAGCCAGCUUCAUUCCUUUCCUGGCCAGCCCAGCCUGGAGGCCAGGAAUACAAAUGAAAGGAACUGCUUUAGACCCCAGGACAAGGAGAAUGAUAAAUAGACUCAUUUUACUUAUCCAAUUUCUUUUUACUUUUUCAUCUAAUUUCAAAUUAUUUCUUGGAGGAUGCACAUUUUAUUAAUAAAUCACUAUUUUAGAAAUGACAGAACAUGAAAUUUGGCUAAGGGCUGUUUCCGUCACAUGCAGUUAGCCUUGGAACACAGUGGCGGCUGCCAGGUUCCUGAUGUGGGGGUCUUGAAGCAGCACCCACAUCUGGUUAACCUUAGCACUCUCCUCACUUUGUCCUCUCCGGGAGCCCAGUGGUGCUACACAGUGUUAGGAGGUGGGUGGUUGACAGCACUGGAGUCCCUGUGCCACUGUACAUGGUACCUGCCACCCACAACUUUAGGGAGAGGUUUAAUUUGGCUCAUGGUUUCAGGGGAUCCAGUCCACAGUCAGCUGACUCUAUGGCAGAAAUGACCUGGCACAAGGGUGUGGAGGAACAAAGCUGCUUAGUUCAUGGUGACUGGGAAUCAGAGCAGGGAAACAGUUCCAGAGAGGAAAAGGACAGGGAAGAGGCAAAGACUCCAAGGCCAUGCCUCCCUCCAUGACCCACUCAGACAUGCCUAGAAGUGUGUUUCACCAGUCUGCUGAGUGGAGUCUAAAGGCUGAUUGGGGCUGGCAUUUUUGAUCUCUGGUUUUCAAGGCUGGUUAUUUAAAGAAGAGUGAUAAGGCAUAUUCACAGCAUCCAACAUGAUGUUACAGUUUUCAUAGAGAUAGUAAGAAGGUCACUACAUUGCAACAAAUUACCAUGUUUAUCACCUCCCAGCUUUUUUGCUUUUGUGGCUAGGGCUAGUCAAAUGCACUCAGUUAGCAGGAGCCCCAUCUCAGUGUAAUUUUGCUGUCUGUGGUCCUCCAGCUAUGUGGCUUCUGUCUCUGGGCUUGUUCAUUUUUUUCACUGUUACUGUUGAAUGAGAUAGUAUUGCCUUUUUGUUGUCUUAAGAAAUCUUUGUCACUUUUGGUAUCAACAGAUAUUUCUAGGAUACAAUCAUUUUAUAUUUUAUUUAUUUUUUUAUAGGAUACAAUCAUUUUAAAGAGCCUGAACUUCAAACUUUGCCCAGAACUUUCCUGUGAAACCUUUUCUAGUGGAGGUAGAGUAGUUGCAACUGACCGUGGGCUGGUAGGGGCCUGUGGGAAAUGACAAGGGGAGCUUUCAAAUUAUUAAGAAAUAGGUAGAGAGCUUUAAUUGGCCUGUGUACAAUUAAAGAUGUUUUAAAUAAUCUUUAACACAGUGAGUGUCUAAUUAAGCUAUCAUCACAUAAGAGCAUUUUAUUAUGAUAAAAUAUAUGUAACAAAAGUUAUUCUUUUGGUCAUUUUUGAAUACACAACUCAUUUGCAUUAAUCUAUUAACCCUGUUGUUAAGCCAUCACCCCCAUCCAUCCCCAGUUCUCUUUUUUUAAAUCCCAAAAAAAUCCCUGUGCUCAUGAAACAGUAAUUCCUCAUUCUUUGCCCUUCCAGCCUCUGAUAACCGCUGUUCUACUUUCUGUCUCUAUGAGUUUGAUUAUGUUUGAGUAUUGAUUAAUGUACCCACAUUAAUUACAGCCAUACAAUAUUUGUCUUAUUGUAUCUGGUUUAUCUCACUUAGAAGAAUGUUCCCAAGGUUCAUCUAUGCAGUAGCCCAUGUCAGGAUUCCCUUCUUGUCCUUCCACUGUGAUACAAAUAUGUAGUACAUUUUGUUUAUUAAUUUAUUGAUGGAUUUCUGGAUUGUUUGCACCUUGUGGUUAUUUUGAAUAAUUCUGAUAUGAACAUUGGAGUAUAAAUAUCUGCUCCAGUCCCUGCUUUCUCUCUGGGAAUGAAGCUGCUGGAUCGUAUGUUGACUGUAUGUUUUGGGUUAUGAAGAGGCGCCACACUCCGGUGCUCUUGGAAGUUGCUGGCUCUGCUGAGCUUUCUGAGGCCUGAAAUCUUCAGUAUCUGCUGAACACUGCAUAUCUAAUCCUCUGCUGUCCGUUUUCCCUCGGGUCAGCUCUGCCUCCAUCCAUCAGCUCCUCUCACCUUGGCCGCCAUGCUGGAUGCUGAGUGCUAUGUGCCACUCUCCUGGCUAGCUCACAUCCCUGUUUUCUUCUUUUAUCCUCAGCGCGACUCAAAUGUAUGUGCAGUCUGAUGGUGUUUGUGUGAAGCCCAGUGGGCAAAGCUGGUUUACUGUGCAGAGAACAGAACAGCAGCAACUGUGUUAGGGGUGGGAGGUCAAUGUGUUGCAGAUAGCUAAGUUAGUUAAAAAUUAUUGCAAGGCAGUUAGACAAAGCUGGGCCCUCAGGAU